CUGUGCUGAAGUAACAAGACUUGAUAGAAAUAUUGAACCCUGUGCUGAAGUAACAAGACUUGAUAGAAAUAUUGAACCCUGUGCUGAAGUAACAAGACUUGGUAGUAACAUUGAACCCUGUUCUGAAGUAACAAGAUUUGAUAGUAACAUUGAACACCCUGCUCAAAUAACAAGACUUGCUAAAAGUGAAAGGAUUCUAGACAGUUCUCAAUAUCCUAUUGCUGGGUAUGUGUUGCUAGUGGAAAAGUCUGUUGCUAUUGCCCCAAGUACUGUGCACAUGACACAUGGAUCUAUUGCCCCAAGUACUGUGCACAUGACACAUGGAUCUAUUGCCCCAAGUACUGUCCACAUGACACAUGGAUCUAUUGCCCCAAGUACUGUCCACAUGACACAUGGAUUGAUUGCCCCAAGUACUGUGCACAUGACGCAUGGAUCUAUUGCCCCAAGUACUGUCCACAUGACACAUGGAUCUAUUGCCCCAAGUACUGUCCACAUGACACAUGGAUCAAAUGGUGUCCCUAACUUGGAGCGUGUUAAGACAAAGCCUGAAACAAAUGAAUGGAUUCAUCGUGAUGGAAGAAUUGUUUCAAAACCCAUCUACAUAUCAAGCAGUGAUGAUGAAACAACUACUGCCGAAAGGAAGACACAUACAGAACAGCAUUAUGGCAAAAGGAAGACAAAUAUAGAGCAGCAUUAUGGCAAAAGGAAGACAACUGCAGAACAGCAUUAUGGCAAAAGGAAGUCUACUACAGAACAGCAUUAUGGCAAAAGGGAGACUAAGAGAAUGAAAACUUUUAUCACAGACAAUGGGAAUUCAGUUCAUUCUAGUGUCACUGUCACAUGCACACAGCCCACAUAUCAAUCAUGCCAGCCUGUUUACACAGUAUGCCCUGUCUCUCUUUCAUUAGUUCAAUCUGGUGGCACCGUCCCAUGCACACAGGUCACUUAUCGGAGUAACCCCUUGUCACCCAGUUUUGGGUCAUCUUGUCAGCGGGCCAACUUGAGGUGUCCAGAUCAGCAUAAAGCUGUUCCUACCCGCACGGAUACAGCUGUCCUCCCUCCUGACAAAAGGGUUCUCCUGUUAGCAAAGCAAAGGGCUCUUGUCGGUGUGGGUGUUUCAGAUAAUAUUAGGGUAAUACCUACUCCUACUGGCAAUCUGAAUAGGGUAAUAUCCACAUCAAAUGGCAUUCAAGAUAGGGGAUUACCCACAUCAAGUGGCAAUCAUGAUAGGGGAUUACCCACACCAUUGGUUCAUGUUGCCACGUCAACAAGGAAUGAACCAGAGCUAGAGGAAACAUUUUUGGCAAGAAAUGUUUUGAAACAUGCCAGGAAUGCUACACAGAUGAAGUCCAAAACAAAACCUUACAGUGAAAAGCAUAAGAAUUGGCCCGAAGAAUACGAAUUUACAAAGCUGAGAGCCCCUGCCAUUGCGACUCCUGUGGGGGUCAACACUGCCAGACCGGCUCCAAAUGUGAUUUUUCUGACUGACCACUCUCAUGCUAAUAAAACUAUCUACAAGACAAGCUUGGGCCUGCACAAUGCCAAUGGGUUAUUGCAGCCAAACCUCGUUUGUUUUUUAGAUAACAAAGACCUUUCAAUUACGUGUCGGAAAUCCUCUUCUGACCGUUUGGAUGAUACAAAGUCUCGCACCGAUCCGUUUCCUUCUAAACAUGUGGAGUGUGUUAAAAACAUGGAUUGUUACCCAGUUGUUGUUGGCCACCGAAAAGCUUUGGAAAGUUCUCCAAGUCCACAGGGACCUUGUGAUAGAACUGAAAUACAAUAUUCAGCACUUGAUCUACGCAAGCGCAAGAUGGUCAAUGGCUCAGCUGGACAUAAGCCUAUGGAUUUUGGUGAUGAUUUGCAGAAAACCUGUAACACAAUGACUGAGUAUCCGAGCACCAGCCCAGUCAAUAUUCUGACUUCUUAUAAUCCAUUGACUUCUACACUGACUUCUUAUAAUCCAUUGACUUCUACAAGUACUUCAGCUGAAUCAGACUUUCAUAGAAUGACCACACCACAGCCAUGCAAAGAUUCUGAUGCUGUGAGCAAUAGACUGACCACAGUCCAGCCCUGCAUAGAUUUUGAUGCUAUCCACACUGAAAGACAAGAAGAUACAAUUGAGAAACAGGAGAUAGAGUCACAUAAAUCAAGAGGGCUGAUGUCCUAUGAAAAACAGGACAAGAGACUAGACACGUCACUUACUAAAUCAUUAGGUACGUUAAUGAAUUAUACUGGUGGUGUAAUCAUUUGGCUGGUGGUAUAAUCAUUUGGCUGGUGGUGUAAUCAUUUGACUGGUGGUAUAAUCAUUUGACUGGUGGUGUAAUCAUUUGGCUGGUGGUAUAAUCAUUUGGCUGGUGGUGUAAUCAUUUGGCUGGUGGUGUAAUCAUUUGGCUGGUGGUGUAAUCAUUUGGCUGGUGGUAUAAUCAUUGGCUUGGGUUCAGUUCUGGGUUUUAUUUUUGGUCAAAACAACUUUACUUUUUCUUGGCCUUGUAUUAUAUUGUUUUCUAAGAUACCCAUGUCACACCAUAAAUGAUACUGUAAAUACAUAUGUUUGACAUUGUGAGUUACUCAACAUUGUGACUUACUCGACAUUGUGACUUACUCAACAUUGUGACUUACGUGACAUUGUGACUUACUCGACAGUCCUAAAGAAUUUUCUGUAAUUUUAACAGCUUAUUUCUCAUGCCUCAAAAAAUCAUGAAAAUGGAUUUACCCAUGAGUUACUUGUUUCUUUUUUAGAAGAGAUCUUAUCCCAGAGAAUAGAAGGCUGUGAGAAUACUGACAUUAAAACUUGGUUGAAACAUAGCAACUUAACUGAUUGGAUUCCAGUGUAA